UUGAAUUAUCGUAAGUUGUGUUGUAGGGCUGCGAUGAAACGGAUGUAAAGCGGAGUAUCCGCAAAAGAAAUAAUGAGCAAAAAGAGUCGCGUUUGGAACUUUUUCUAUAAAGAAAGCGAUAUUGUCGCAAUUUGUUGCCUGUGCCAUAAAAAUUAUUCACGUAAGGGACGCGGCACAACAUGUCUGCGAAAUCAUCUAAAGAGCAAGCAUCCUGCCGAAUUUUUAACAUUAUCCGAAAACGACAUCAAGUACAUGGUGAAAACGGAAAUAAAUGAUAACGCAUCCGUUCACACGAACCUGCAAUUACACGAUGCUGAUCCAUUGGAAGUUCAAAGGCUAAGCGACUCGGACGAAACUUAUGCUAGCGAUGAGAAAUUGGCUUUAAUGAUAGCCCAGCAUGAUUAUUCCUUUAGCUUGCUAAAUAGCGCUGGCUUCGUGAACUUUAUUAAAGUUCUGCAGCCGCGAUAUGCAAUUAAUACUGUUAGUUAUUAUGAGAAUAUGUUAUGCCAAGACAUAUAUCGACGAAUGCAAACGCAACUGAAGCAACAACUCGUCAUGUUGGAUUCUGUUUCGCUGGCCACAAGCAUCUCGUGGGGAACUGGUGGCCAAGGCUUGCUGAGCUUAAGCUGCCACGGAAUUUCCAACGACUUCCAAUCCAAACAGUUCCACUUGAAAUGUGAAGCCCUCGACGGACGACACACAGACGACGUCGCUUGUCGCAUUCGUGUAAACAUUGCCAAUGUCUGCCAGGAGCUACAGCUGCCCAAGGAGAAGAUUAACUGUAUUAUCAGAGAUGAGGGCACUUGCAUACAGGGUGCCAUAAUAGAGUGCAACGUUCAUCUACUGAAGAUUUGUGUGAAAUAUGCCCUCGAAUCGAAUGAACAUCUAAAACAAUUAGAUGCCAAAUGCCUUCAGAUCUCAAAACACUUUCAGCAAUCUCACAUAGCAUACAAUCACUUGAAAUAUAUUCAUGAGAAGCAAUUGAAUCGCGAGCCAUUGCAAUUGAUGGAACACAAUGACAACCACUUGGAUUGGAGCGCGAUCUUCCGCUUGAAAGGACGCCUGCUAAAGCUUAAGGAUGCUCUCUCUAUUUAUGCCGAGGAGUAUAACAUGGUAAAGAUUUAUCCAGAUGAAUGGCUGGAUAUUGAUUUGGGUCAACGAGUCAUACAACCAAUUGAGGAAAUUGUCAAUAUUUGGAGUGGCACCUCUGCGACGGCAUCCUCUGUUAUACCACUAAUAGCCGCACUGCGUGAUUCCCUACGCACCGACGUCCACAACUUUGUGUCUUCAGUGACCAUUUGCUCGUUUGCUCGAAAGUUGCUCGAGGAGCUAGAGUCGAGAUGCUCGACAAUUACGUCGGAUAUCAAGUAUCUGAUGGCCACGUAUUUAGAUCCGCGUUACAAGCAGGCUUUUUUUACCCAUCAGGAAGCACAGCUGGUAACUGAGGAAGUCUUGGCACAGCUCUGCCGAACCGGGCUUCAGCAAUGGCAGCCGCCAAUGAAGAUUGUCAAAGUGGCCUCGAAUGCUAAAAACGAAUCAAAAAUUGAUUCUUUUCUUGACAAUAUGCUCACACUAUCCAACAGUAGUCCGGAAGCAUCCACAUCAUUGCAUUCGCAAUCGCAAUCGCAAUUAAAGAAUCUAUUGUAUUUGUACAAUUCAGAACCAAGAGUGGAACGGCAAAGCGAUCCAAUAACUUGGUGGCGAUCUAAUAGUAAAUAUAGCGCUUUGUUUCCCAUUGUUAAGCGAUAUCUAUCCACCCCCGCCGCUAGCAUUGCCAGCGAGCGCCUAUUCAAUAUAUCUAAGAGUCUAUAUAGUGAUAUGCAAUUGGGUCUCUGCCCCGAAAAUGUUUCCAAAAUAUUAUUUAUCAAAGCUAACUUAACAACUCUAGAGCAAGACUAGUUUUAUAAUUUCAAUGC